AUCACCGGUUGGGACAGGACGGGUUUUUCUCCAGCGGCGACACACACACGCGCGCGCGCGCGCGCACACACCCAAUGGUCUGCCUCUAAAUGUCCUGUGUGGAAGAGAAAACGGACUGCUCGAGCCAAACCGGGAUGAGUUGUCUGUUGGAUGUGGAGUGUGAGGCGUCAGAGGUAAAACAGAAGCAGAAGCAGCAAACACUUACUCUCUGUGAAGUGUGUAAUAUUCAGCUGAACUCCAGCGCUCAGGCUCAGAUCCACUACAAUGGCAAAACUCACCAGCGACGACUACGGCAAGCCUACAGGGCCAAAACCAGCGGAGGGGCCAGAAACAGCACAGGAAGUCCAGCUAAGGGCAGCGGUUUGCUGACAUCACUUCCUGUUCAGCCCAAGAUGGACCUAAAGCACUUUCUGCCUAUCAGAGUAAACAGCUCAUCACCUCUCAGCCUCUUCUCCAACUUAAAUAUGGACCCAGUUCAGAAGGCGGUCAUCAGCCACACUUUCAGCAUCGCCCAUUCGCUAAAGAAAAAACAAAUCAUCACCUGCAACAUCUGUCACCUGCGCUUCAACUCAACAAACCAAGCAGAAGCGCACUACAAAGGGCACAAGCAUGCACGCAAACUCAAAGCCAUAGACAAGCUGAAGAACAAGCAAAGGAUUCUGGGAAGGUCUGUGUGGAGGGGGAGGGAGAGAAAAGAAGCAAUAGCAAGAGAGAUGGAGGACAGCAAGUGGAAGGACAGCAGUCUGUCAGAGAGGACAGCACCAAUCCAUUCAUCAGAGGCAUCAAGCCCCGAGGACGACCGUGUUCAGGGUCUCUCAGUCACAUUAAGGCCUGUUUCACACACUUCUCCCUCAAAAAGACUGUGUGAGAGCAAGUGUAUCCCAGAAUCCUCUGCUCUGGUGCCUCCAGCUGACCCCAAAUCCAUAGUGAAGGGAAACAGAAACAGGAGGAAAUGCAGCAAGAGUCUUCAGUGUGCUGUUUGUAAAGUGACUGUCAACUCGGGCUCACAGCUUGAGGAUCAUUAUAAAGGUUCUAAGCACAGACUGAUGCUGGGGGGUCACUGCAUGUUGCCACGGAAACGAGGUGGAAAAGCGGAUUCAUCCCAUACCGCACCCCGCUCUAAACGUCUGCACGUCAACUCCGCCUCCAGCGACCAAUCACAUCACUGCAAUGUGUGCGAUAUAGACGUCAACUCAGAAGCUCAGCUCCAACAACACAUGAGGAGCAGGAGACACCGAGACCGAGCCACUGGAAAAUCACUUCAUACAAAGUUCAGCCCCUACAUCAACAACUCAGCCCACACAGUGCUAACGACCAAGCUCACGCUUCAGAAGGAACUCUCCAGAACAUUGACCUCUGGCUUGCUAACGUCAGCCCCCAUGGCAAUGGCAACUGGCCCUUUGUCCCUAAGCCACGUUCAUCCACAGGCUGCCAUAGUCCACGCCCCUCUGUUUAGCCACACCCUCCUUAGACCCGCCCCUGGUCCCUUUAGGGCGGCUCAAGGUCCAGUCAUCUUCUGUCCUUACUGAAGAAACAGAAAUUUGUCAGACAUUUCACUGGAAGCUGCUCAGGAAGAGAACUAUGCAGCCUCACAGAUUACACUGCUGGAUAUUUCAUAUUUACUUCUAAAUAUUAAUGACAGAAAGAACAAACUGUGAAAAUUCUGAAAAAUAGUUCAUUACUGUUUCUGUUACUGUUCAAGCACACAUUUGGGAUUCUCUCUGUAGCGCUCGUGUCCUCAAUAAAUAACCUUACUGUUGAAAAAUUAGGACUUUUUAGAGGAAUGUAAAACAAAUAUUACAUGAAAAUAGAAAAUAUAUUAAAAAUAUGCAGUAAAAAAUAAUUUAAAGAUGUUAGUGUUUUACAGAAAAGUGUGGAAUAUUAAACAUUUCAAAUGAAAAAUAAGGAGGUUUCUAAAGGUCAUAAAGGUCAUCUAAUAAAAAUAAUAAGGCAUAAAUAAAAUAACAGUAAGGUAUCUUAAAAGAUUUUUUUCAUUUAAAAAGUGUGGAAUAUAACAGAAAAAUUUUUUGGAAAGUUUUUAUGGAAAAUGAAAGCUAAUUAUAAAGCAAAAUUAAAGCACAUUUUAAAGGAAUUUGGUAAAAAUAAAAAAUGUAAGAAAACAUUAAAUUCAACAACUGUUUGGCUUCUUAAUUAAAUUAAUAUAGCCGAAACAUAGCUAUCAGUAUUGAAAGGGGGCAGAGCCGAAACAUCUAACAUUAAUAGUUAGUGUUUUUUUAUUUAUUUAUUUUUUAUUAAAUUCAGUAUCAAAUCAUGAUAUUUUACUUAAUUCAUUUUGUGAUCAAGAUUCAACCUUCAUUUCCUCUUCCUGUGUGGUUUGCUGCAAAGGAUCAUCAGUCCUCCAUUAAUCCAUCCAUUUUCUAUACCCGCUUUAUUCCUAAUUAGGGUCACGUGGGUCUGCUGGAGCCUAUUCCAGCACACAUUGGGCGAAAGGCAGGGAUACACCCUGGACAGGUCACCAGUCCAUCACAGACCCAUAUAGACAGACCACCACACACACUCACUCCUAUGGGCAAUUUAGAAUUACCAAUCAACCUAAUGUACAUGUUUUUGGACUGUGGGAGGAAACCGGAGUACCUGGAGUAAACCCACACAGUCACGGGGAGAACAUGCAAACUCCACACUCUGCCUGUUCGAACCCCGGACCUUCUUGCUGUGAGGCAACAGUGCUAACCACUAAGCCACCGUGCUGCCCUCCUCCAUUAAUAUUGUAAUAAAAUCCUUUUAAAACAUCUUUAUUUUUCUAGCUAGGGAGAAGGCGGACAUUUUAAAACUGUGAGCACGAAGCAUAGAGCAACAACACGAAACUGUUCUUUUUUUUUUUUUUUUACCAAAUGAGUCAAGAACUUCUUUACAUUCAACUGGUCAUGUCUAUCAGUGUCCUCUACCUUCACAUCCCAGAGAUUGCUUUCUUUAGCUCCUGACAAUCAGUUUCUGUCACUUGUACAGUGAUUUAGAGGGGAAAAAAUGAGAGUAUCAUUCAUCAAUGAAUUUUAUUUUCAGGGACAAUUAAAUCGACACUGGGAUGAUUUCUGCAUUCCACACAGAUACAGACAGCCAUUUACUUCAAAAAAUCGAGUCUUACACAUUCAUUAGCAGCGGCAUUAAUGUGAGUGUUAGUUUGAACACCUUUUUUUGUGAUUAUAUAAACAGAAAAUGUUUAUUGUAUAUUAUAUUAAUAAAACGUUAUCAGUGAAAAGAUAUGAAUGAACAGAUGCACUGGAACUGGACCAUUUUGUAAAUAUUCUGAAUAAUGACUAGGUGAGAGGUUGAGAGGACAUCCAGUCGUAAAGCUGCCGUGUAAACAUGUUGUUCAAUACGUCUUAUAAGAAGGAUUGAAACACUUUAAACGCGUGUCCCCAAAUGUUUCAUUUAUUUUCUAACACAGCUCUGUUAAAGUCUGGAUUCUGAUUGGUCAGAAAGUGUAGAUUAAGUUCCUGACAGUCAAGCGGAACAAAAGAUUAAAAUGUUUUUGGAAUCAGCCACAACUGCACUGGUGUUGCUUGUAUUCAGAUUUUACUCAGAAUUGACUGGCUGGCAUAUAUAAUUUCUAGCUCUACUUGGCUCUAACCCUCAGCUGAAAAAAAACAUUUUACAUGCAAACACAGCAGCCAUGAACACAGCAAGAAUCAGGGAGAUGUGUCUCAAUUUAACUCUCUAGAAAAGCUUUCAGAGAGGCUUUGUCCCUGGAGUGGAUAUUAUUGCAUUUGACUGUCAUAUGGGGCGACUACUAACUUGGGUAAGGUGCAUUGUUGGCAGAAUCAACUGUGUCUGAUGUGUGAAGGUCAGUCCUCUUGAAUCUGCUAUAUGCCCUGGGGUCACACUUUAGGGCAUGCAAAGGCGCUUAGGAGGAAGGUGGAGUUUGUAACAUGAAUAAGGGAACCAUUCUGGUUAUGCCUAAAGGACAAUACGGUUCAAUGUUCUAGUCAGUCCCUGUUUCUUAGUGCCUUUUGCAUUGUCUAUGGGGCAGACCCUAGACAGUCCCCCUGACUACCACUAACGAGUCUUGCAGAGAAGCCUUGUGAUGGGGAGCAUCCUGAUGACAUACAUAUAUUCAGAUUCAGAUGAUUUCCUGAUGACAUACAAUGAAAACUCCAAUGAAGUCAUUGCACUGUUAUAAGAAGUUUGUUGUAAUUGUUGUAGAUUGUUAAUGGCCCUCAGUCUCAAGGGCACCUGGAGCUUCAAAGUGGGGGCCAACUCCAUAUUACCUUCAUGUGCAUGUAAGGGCAGAUGUCCCAAUUUUGGCCCGGUUCACAGUCUCCGCUCUAAUUCAUCAUAAUGGUGUUUUAUCAGGUUGAGGUCAGGACUCUGACUCAAGUUCCUCCAUAUCAAACUCACUCAUUCUUGUCUUUAUGGACCAUGCUUUGUGCACUGGUGCACAGUGAUGUUGGACCAGGAAGGGGUCAUCCCCAACAUGUUCCAUAAAUUUGGUAAAUCAUGUCUUGGUCUGCUGAAGCAUUAAGAGUUCCUUUCACUGGAACUAAAGGGUCAACCCCAACCCCAACCCCUGAAAAACAACACCUGAAUUUAAUAAUUUAGAGGGGUGUCCCAAAACACUUGGCAAAGGAAUCUGUUAAUCUAUUGCAAUUUAAACCUCCAGAAUAUAAUUUUUACCCUGGUUUUAUUGUGUCAGUAAUUUAUGUUUCUUUGUUGUGUACCUAAAUAGCUACGUUUAGCUAAAUAGCUAUGUUUAAAAUAAAACAUAACCCCAACCGAACCCACCACCCUAUUCUCCUAAACACCCAGAAUUUCAAUUUGUGUGACUGUAGAAAAAUGUAUAAAUCUUUUUCUCUUUUUUUUCUUUUCAGUGUAUUUGUAUAGCAUUUUAACAAUGAGCAAUGAGCAAGCCUGAGGCAACUGUGGUGAGAAAAAACUCCCUGAGAUCAUAUGAGGAAGAAACCUAGAGAGGAACCAGGCUCAGAAGGGAACCUCAUCCUCAUUUGGGUGACACUGGACAGUAAAUAAUGUAAAUGUAAAUAAUGUCCUUGCUUCAGCAGCAACCAAGAGCUAGUUAGUGAGUUAGUUUUAGACUUAGCAUUAAUUCCUUCCUGCUGAAUGCUGACUGAUGCAGCGACAGUUCAGAGAUGGUGUGAUAGUCUCCAAGUGGUUCUAUCUACAGCAGUCCCCUGGGUCUUUUUUUAUGUGUGU